AUGGCCCAGCCAGCAGGCACCGCCUCCACUGACAAGUGGUCCUUCUUCCCGCGCCUGAACCCAGUUCCUCGCUUUCCCGAAUACUCCGGACCGUACCAGGUCGGCACCGUCGAUGUCGAAAUUCCCGUCUCAGAGCUGGACUCCCCGGCACCCGCACCGGAUAACACGGCCGAGAUCGAGACGGUCCAGUUCCGCGUGUACUACCCUUGCCAUCCCGACUCUAGGGGCAAGCGCAUAACUUGGCUGCCGGCGCCGCAGCGGGAUCACCUGUCUGCGUACAUGCAGUUCUUGGGCGUUGGGAACUUCAUGGCCCAGGCUGUCUCCUUCCUUCCACGACAUCUAUACUACACGACGAUACCCGCGAUCAAGAAUGCGCCGGUCCUCGAGCCCGAGACGUCCAACAAGCGAUGGCCGACAGCAAUCUUCUCGCACGGGCUCGGCGGCAGCCGCAAUGCAUACUCGCAGUUCGUCGGAUCGCUGGCCUCACACGGCGUAGUGGUGUUCUGCCCCGAUCACCGAGAUGGGAGUCCUGUCAUAUCAUACGUCCGAAUCCCCUCAGAGCAGGACCGGUACCUUAUACGGAACACACGGCGUGUCAUACCAUACCAACGGAUCUCGCACGACCCGACAGAAGAGGUCCACGAACUGCGGAAUAAACAGCUGCGGAUACGGCUCUGGGAGCUGGGGCUAGUCCACGAUGCGAUUUUAGGGAUGGACAAGGGUAGCCCGCUCACGAAUUUGAACAAGACCACGCCCUCCCUCGACCAGUUUGUCAACCGGCUACACAUCCACGAGCCCGGUAGCCUCAUCUUCGCAGGUCACAGCUUUGGCGCCGCCUCUGUGGUGCAGCUGCUCAAAUCCACAUACUACUCCGGACGGCCCGAACUGAGCUCCAUGGCCUCGCCGCUGUAUACGCCGUCGCGCGACUCGGCGCUCUGCAGGCAGAUCACACCGCGCAACGUCACGAUCCUGCUGGAUAUGUGGUGCUUCCCGCUCCUCGCCAAGUCGACGAAGCCGCUCUUCGACCUGCCGCUGCCCGCAUACGACUCUACCGGUGCUGAAACUGCAACCCCGGCCCCAGGCGGCCCCGCCAUCCUGGCCGUCGAGUCCGAGCACUUCUACAAAUGGACCGAGCACCUGCACACCAGCGCCCGCGUCCUUUCCCCGCGGCCUUCCGCCCCGCACGUCGAAGCGGCCGCCUUCGACCAACCGGGGGGCCGUCUGCCAACACCCAACUUCUUCUACGUGCAGCGCAGCGCGCACCUCAACCAGUCCGAUUUCGGGGUACUGUUCCCCUGGGUCACGCACAAGGUCUUCGGGUCCGAAGACCCGGAGGGCGUGAUGCGGCUUAAUGUCAGGGCGGCGCUGCAGGUGCUGAGGGUUAAUGGGGUGGCGGUGGCGCGGACGGGGAGGGGGGAUCUUGGGGAUGGGGGUGAAGAUGCGAGGACAGGUAAAGGGGAGACGGACGAAAGUGACGGCGACGCCGCUAUGAGAGAAAAGGGGUCGGUGGACGGGAAGUCUGACGACAGGGCCAUCCUCGACCGUAGUGGGAGUGCUGGGGUCGAGGGGUGGCGGUUCAUCGAUAUCGUGGGCAUGGGCGAGGUGGCUGACAAAGACGGGAAGGUCAAGCGGGACGAUGAGGCUGUAGAUGAGCAGGAGUCCGAGAUGGCGGGGGUUCUUGAGCCGGGGGUUGCUGAGGAUGGAAAGGGUGGGAAGGGUGCCCUUCCGUGA